AUGAAACCGCAACCCAAAAAAUCUGACCAUGCGAAUUAGAAAGUCAACCAAUAAUAAAUUGAUGUUGACAAUCUUUAAGAUAAGUCUGCAAUUGAAAUAUUAUCUCAUGAGACUUAAAUGAAGAAGAGAGAGAAAUUGUCUCCAAUAAUACGAUCUAAUUCAGGACACUAGGAAUAACUAAUUUAGUAAUACAAUAAUCCUCAAUCACUUGUUACUCCAAAAUAUGAAACGAUUACAGAAAGAUUGUAAACAUUUGGACAUGUUGAUUUACUAAAGUAAUCAAAAUCAUUCAGAAAACUUAUAGUUUAUUUCCAUCAGAAGGAUUUUAUCAAAAUGUUGUUGAUUCCAUUCAAAUUAACAUCCAACUUUACUUUAAAACAUUUCAAUUUGAUAAAUGAUUUAAGCGCUUCUUAUAAAUUUUAAGUAGGAAGAAGUCAAGAAACCUAAAAGAGUUUAAUUCAUUAAUAUAUUUCACUAAUUGAUAUUAGAAUUCAAUUAAGAUUGAAAUUCAGAACAAUAAAGACAAUAUGUAAGUAGUAUCUAACUCAUAUGCAUAAUCAGAUUCCAUUAAUCGAACCAAUGAGCAAUACUAAAUUUUUUUGGGAUUUAAUUUGCUUUGCCAUACGAAUAUAUCUAAUAAUAGUGGUUCCAGUUAUUAUUGUUUUUCAUGGAUAAGAUUUUAAUGCCAAAUAAUUAGGACCCUUGGUGCUAUUCUCAAUUGCAUUGAUCUUUGACAUUUUAAUUCGAGCAUUUACAAUUACAUACGAUUAAGGUAUACCUGUAAGGGAUAGGUACUUACUAUUUAAGAAAUAAUUAAAUUUUUCUACUGUCUUAGAAUUAUUCAGUUUUAUAUAUACAAUAUUAAUUACCAUCCAAGAUGAUAAGAUAAUAGAUAAAUACAUAUUGGGAGAAGGAUGGGCCAAAUUCAUAUUGUGUUUAUUGUACAUUUAGGUAAUCAAUAUAUUAAAAUUUAUUGAUGUAUCCUAAUAUUCACUCAAACUAAAUAGAAUGCAAACCUCGAUUGUUGAUCUAAUCAAAUUAGUUGCAAUGAUUUUAUUAGUAUAACAUAUAUUCAGUUGUGUUUGGAUUGUGUUUGGAGUGUAUUCACUACAAGGUUAAUAGGAUUCUUGGCUAAAUAAAUACGAGAGUGAUGAAUGGUCAUAUCAAUUUUUGUAAUCGUUUUAUUUCAUAUGCGUAACAACAUUUACAGUUGGAUAUGGUGAUUUAACUCCAAAAAAUCCUCCUGAAUAGAUAUUCACUAUAAUUUACAUGUUCUUCUGCAUGCUUUUAUUCUCGUACACAGUUAAUACUAUAGGAAGCAUCUUAACCCAAAUAAAGGAGAGCAGCGAAAAAAUCAAGUCGAAAUUAACUGCAAUCAAUUAAUAUAUGCAUAAUAAAUCUAUAAGUCCGACCUUAUAAUUUAAAGUGAGAGAAUAACUAUACUUUUACUUAAAAUAAGAAAUCAUUUAAUAAGUAAAUGAGCAAUCUGAGAUAAUCUAAUUGCUUCCUGAAGAUCUACAACACAGUCUUAGAAUAGAGGCAGCCAAAUCUCUACUUAAUAAAUGCUCCUUUUUCAGCGAUAAUUUCUCAAAGGAUAUUCUCAAUUAGUUGCUUGAAGAAGUGAACUUUCAAAUGUACUAGCCAGGAGCAAUCAUUCACUCAAAGGAAGAGUUUUAUAUUCAUAUCAUUGAACAGGGAUAAGUCGAUGUGAUGUACAAGAAGAAAAUAAUUCAAACUUUAGAGAAGUAUGACUAUUUUGGCCUGGAGGAGUUUAUUAGCUAAUAGGCAAAUCCAAAUAUUACUUUUAAAAGUACUGCAUUCACUAGUGUGCUUUCAAUUCCUUAUUCUUACUUUCAUAAGAUUUUGUCUCAAAAUGAUCUUGAAAACUAGAAAUUUCACAAUCUCUUAACUUAAUCUUCUUGUCUAGAGAAUUUCUGUUUUAUUUGUAAAACUAAAUCUCAUAAAACCUAAUUAUGUCCUAUGGUGCAUUAUAUUCCUAAUAAAGAAGUUGUAAUCAAAAAGUUUCUAUACAAAAAGAAAUAAAAAAAGAGAGUAACAUAAGAAAGGAAAAUAAGGAUGGUGUCAGUAAAUUAAAUGGAUGAAAAUGAAGAAAACAAAGUAAAAAAAAUUAAGUUUUUGAAUGCCAAAACUAAUUAAAAGAUGGUUGAAGAUACAGUGAUAAAGUUUAAAAAUGAAAAUUAACCCCAUUUGGAAUCUUUAUUUCCUAAUAUUGAGCAACCGCUUAGUAUAGAUAGUCAAAGUGAAUCUGAGAAUGAAAAUCCAGACGAAUUAAAAGAUCAAAGCUUCUCAGAUCAGAAUCGUAAUUCAAGGAGAGGAAGCAAAUAAAUUCCACAUCUAUCAUCUAAAAAUUUAAUUAAAUAUGAUAUACUUUAAAAAAUGAGAAAAGAGAGAUUUAGUAAAAACUUCUAAUAAUAAUAAUCACCUCUUUUAAUGGUAUCUCAAUAUGGCUAAAUGAGUCCAGCCCCAUAAAUUAUAUCGAAAUACAAUCUAAAAAAAAUUAUUUAGGCGAAGUCUCUAGAUGAUGAAUAAUUGCAAUUAAUAGAGGAAAUUAAUUUCUUCGAAGACAUAAGAAAUAAAAUGAAUAAUUUAUUACUCUUCCCAAAUAAGGAGUAAGAAUAGAUUGAAUUUUGCUAUAAGAAACUUUCUAAUCUUAAAGAAGAAAUUGAUGAUAUGGCUAAUUUUGAAUAAUUGAAAAAUUACGAGAUCUUUAAUAGAUAAUGGAAUGUUGAUUUGGUUGUUAAGAAAACUAGUGCAAAACCAAAAAAGUUUAGAGGGUUAAAAAAACUUAAACGGUACCUUUUAUUCCCUUAUCUGUUCAUUAAUAAGUAUCUUGAUCGAAAAGAUCCAAAUGAUCCAACCAAAACGUAGGAGAAAUCCAAAAGAAAAAGACCUUUCAAACCUAAAGCCAAUAAAAAAACUCGUGUAACUCCUAAAUCAUGA